CGAAAAUUAAAGCUCUGCGUUUCAUCUAUAAACCGGUUCUCUUAUUUUAUCGUUUGUUAAAGAAAGGAAUCUAGUAAAUGAAGCCUAGCAAAAACCAAAAUUUAGUUAAAAUGGCUCCGUCUUCGAAAGGACUCAAUGGCAAGUUAGAGAAGCCAAAAAGUGCUUUACAAGCAAUUGUAUUGUCGGACUCUUACAACUAUCGUUUUCGUCCUUUAACAUUGGAUAAGCCAAGGUGCCUCCUUCCUUUGGCAAAUACCCCAUUGAUUGAAUACACAUUUGAGUUUUUGGCCCUAGCAGGUGUACAAGAGGUUUAUGUUUUUUGCUGCGCUCACGCCGAUCAAAUUCGUAGUUAUAUCGAAAAUUCUAAGUGGAACUUGGCAUCCUCUCCAUUUAGCGUCCAUACCAUUGUUUCUCGUGAAUCCCUCUCAGUUGGUGAUGCUCUUCGUGAAUUGGAUACCAAACAAUUAAUUACUUCAGAUUUUAUUUUGGUUUCCGGUGAUGUGGUUUCAAAUGUGCCUUUAAAAGAAGUUUUAGAAGAGCAUCGAGCAAGAAGGGAGGUAGACAAAAAUGCAAUUAUGACAAUGGUCGUCCGUGAAGCUAGUCCCUUUCAUCGCACAAGAGCAAGUACAGAAAGCUCUGUUUUUGUUAUUGACAAAAAGACAAGUCAAUGUGUGCAUUACCAAGCUAAUGAGCGUGGAAAACAUUAUGUAUCUAUGGACCCGGAAAUUUUUAACGAGCACGAGGAGCUUGAGAUUAGGAACGAUUUAAUUGACUGUCAAAUUGACAUUUGCUCCAACGAUGUUCCUGCUCUUUUCACGGAAAAUUUUGACUAUCAAGACAUUCGAAAAGAUUUUGUUUAUGGUGUCUUGACGUCUGAUUUACUCGGCAAAAGUAUUCAUUGUCAUGUUACCAAAGACAAUUAUGCUGCUCGUGUUCGUAGUUUGCAAACUUAUGAUGCUAUAAGUAAGGAUGUUAUUUCUCGAUGGGUCUAUCCGUUUGUUCCUGACAGCAAUUUAUUAAACCAAAGCUUUACCUAUCAACGAUACCAAAUUUAUAAGGAAGAUGAGGUUGUUUUGGCUCGUUCUUGUGAAAUAAAAGCUCGUACCCUCAUUGGUGCUUUUACCAAGGUUGGAGAUGCUUCCAUCGUUGCUAAUACAGUUAUCGGCAGAAACUGCAUAAUUGGCAAUAAUUGCAACAUUGAUGGUGCUUUCCUCUGGGAAAAUGUUAGGAUUGGUGAUAAUUGCAGAAUUGGAAAGGCUAUUAUCGCAAAUGAUAUACAGAUUGGACACAAUUGUACCAUAGAAGAUGGUGCCAUUCUCGCUGCUGGAGUUAUCAUUGGCGACAAUGUUAAUGUUACUGAAAACUUGCGUUUGACACCACAUGAAAGCCACUCGCAAGGAAUACCCAAUGACCCUGCUUUGGUAGGAGAACGCGGUUUGGGACAAGAAUAUCACGCUGAAGCCGAUUCCGAAGACGAGGAAGAGCUUAUGGAAGCUUCUGGUCUUAUACAUCGUGUUGAAGAUUUAAAUCUCUCUGACUCAGAAAUCUCUGAGCUUUCCUCUUCCUCUGAAGAAGACAUGGAUUUUAUCCCUUUUUCUGCCAGACGUGAUUCGGCCAACACUAUGAACUCUGAUGAUUUUGAUGAGGGAGAUUUUAAUAAAGAAGCCCAGCAAAGUAUUGAGCGCGCCUUUGAAGAAAACCAUUCUAUUGAAAUUGCCGCAUUGGAACUGAAUACACUUAGAAUGGCAAUGAAUGCCAAUUACCAUGAAGUUCGUUCAGCUAUCAUUCUUGCGAUUUUAAAGCGUAUUUCAUAUCUUGAUUUUCCUGCCAAAGAGUCUAUUUCUAAAGUUAUGACUCGCUGGGGUCCUUUACUUCUGAAACUUACGUUUAAUCAUGAAGAACAAGUCGAUAAUCUUUUGACUCUUCAGAAAUAUUGCAUCCGUUUGAGUAUGCAAAAGCAAUUUUUGCAAUUGUUGGGUUAUCUCUAUCAACUAGAAAUUGCAGAAGACGACGCCGUCCUGGACUGGUACAACGAUCCACGGUCCGCCGAAGGUGAAUUAGCAGUUUUGAGAGACAAUUAUGGCAAGCAAUUUGUCGAUUGGCUUAAUACCGCUGAAAGUGAAAGCGAAGAGGAGGAAGAUGAUGAAGAUGACGAGUAACCGAUACGUAUUUUGGAGAAAAAAAAAGGAAUUUUGACUUUACGUAAGUAAUGGGUUUCUGGUUUUAUUGUUUAUAGGAAUCAAGUUGAAGUAUAUGGACCUUUGGAAGUUUGAGUUUGAGAUAUCAAUUUAGAGUAGUGGCAUGAAUACACAAACAUUAGCAAAAGUUACUUUGUAUAUUUAAUUUUACAUUCAUACUAGUGCUAUAAAAUGCUAAAGC